CACCAUUUGAAAGCCCGUCACGAGUACUUACAUUUCAUAUAAAAACACUUGAUUUGAGAUCGUUUUUUGUUCACAUAAAAGUUAAUUUUUAACAAGCCUCAAAAUUUAUGAAACACCCUGUAUAUAUAUAUAUAUUAUUAUUAAAUAAUAUAUAUUAUUCUUUAAUUAUAAUAGGUAUUCAUGAAACAACAUAUAAUUCAAUAAUGAAAUGUGAUGGUGAUAUUCGUAAAGAUUUAUAUGCAAAUACAGUUCUUUCUGGUGGUUCAACAAUGUAUCCAGGUAUAGCUGAUCGUAUGCAAAAAGAAAUAACAUCAUUAGCACCAUCAACAAUGAAAAUCAAAAUAAUAGCACCGCCUGAAAGAAAAUAUUUUGUAUGGAUGGGUGGUUCCAUUUUAGCAUCAUUAUCAACAUUUCAACAAAUGUGGAUUUCAAAACAAGAAUAUGAUGAAUCAGGCCCAUCAAUUGUUCAUCGAAAAUGCUUUUAA